CAGCUGUUGGUGUCACCGCCCAAACUGGAGGAUGUGACUCUUUCACGGUCUGUGCUGCCGAUGCCUCUCAGCAACGGUCUGUCGAUCGACCUGAGCUUCGAUAUACGCCUGGAUGGCACUGGCUCUGUUGCCUCCGAGCCUAGUCCGCCCGCCGUGCCAGCCAAGGACACGCGCAGCUCGGUGUCUCUUCGCAGCGAGCAACACAAGCAGCGGAAUUCGCCUAACCCCUCAGAAGACAUCCCUCUCGCUGCUGAGCUUGGGAGUUUCGGGCGGUCUUCACGCGCACGGCCUGUACUCUGGUAGCAGCAGCAGCAGCAGCCUGGCUAGCGCUAAGCAGGAGUGGCUGUCAAACACUCACAAGCUGCGCCAGCGGAUCGGCGAGCGCGGCGUCAAUCGCACUAGCGGUGAGGUCAAGGACGGUCUGGUUGCCUCUGCACUCACAUCCCGUAGCGCGCAAGCGGCGCAGUGCUGGCUGCGAAGUGCGGUCGGCAAUGCCGAUGCGCGACUUUCUGAUCUUGAAGAGCAACCACAAGCGGGGGCCCUCAGGGCAAAUCCACGGCGUCCUCAACGCAUACUACGGCCAGGUCACGGCAGUCUGUCGCCAACAGCAUUGCGUCGUCUAUCAGGGACGACCAGCAAUCGGUGGACGCUGCGGGCCAGAAAAAGUGCAGCAAACCACCGUUUGUGCAGGCGAUGGCGGUACGCCGUGCACGCGAGGCCGAAAUUGCCCAGAACAGUGUGCGCUCUGCAAUCACAUCGCGGUAUUACCCGACCGGCAGCGGGAUGCAGCGCCGCGAGUCGCUGGAUGAUGUUGGCGCUGUGCUGGCGCUGGACGAGAUGAUGGGCCCGGCUUCGGAUCUGGCGGCCUCCUCUGGCAAACCGAUAGCUGCCCAGCAGCGGCCACGCAGCACCCGGGGACCCGAACAGGGAAGCCAGUGUCGCCAUAUGGCAUGACAUACGAGGCCCGGGGUAACAGCGGCGCACAUGGCGAGCAGGCGCUCAAGCGAGGUCAGCGACAUGCUGAU